AUGUGCUGUCGCUUCCACAGCUGUGACACGUCACAAGACUUCCCCUUUCACCUGGUCACUGUCAAAACUGAAGAUGAUGAAGAUGAAGAAGACAAGUCCUCUGUCCUUCACCAAAGACCAACUGAGGAGAACAGAAAGGAAACCAACGGAGAGGAGUGUGGAGCAGACCAGAGACCAUACAGCUGUUCAGACCAGAGACCAUACAGCUGUUCAGGCAGUGAGGAGCAGGUGGACAGUUCUGAUGACACUGACCACUCAGAGGACUAUAGUCCAGAACAGACUCAGGCCAAAAGAAGCUUUGUGGUGAUUCCUCCUGACGCCUCUGUAGCUAGAGCCAACAGACCAUACAGCUGUUCAGACCAGAGACCAUACAGCUGUUCAGACUGUGGGAAAGCUUUUAAACGGGAGCAGUACCUGAGGUCUCACAUGAACAGUCACGCAUCAGAGACGUCCUUCGUUUGUUCUGUUUGUGGUAAAUGUUUCUGUGGGACAUUUUCUCGUCUUCAGCACCAGAGCCGCAUGCACCACAUGUGUCCGGUUUGUCCCGUGCGUUUUCCAGACAAACUUUCUCUGAGUACGCACCUAAAGUCUCACGUAGAGGACAGGACAGUGGACCCGGCCUUUCUGGACAGAGCGUACCUGACGCCGUACAGAUGCUCUCAGUGCGGGAGGGAGUUUAGCACCAAGUACCGUCUGCAGACGCACAUGGUGGUUCACACAGGUGACAAACCUUUCAGCUGUUCAGUCUGUGACAAAAGUUUUCAAUUUAAAUCUAGCAUCACCAAACAUCUAAGGUUUGUCCAUCACAUCUGUCCCGUUUGUAAAGAGAUUUUUAUGAGAGACACUGAUUUAACGGAACAUUUAAGGACUCACGUAGAGGACGGGAGUCUAGACCCAGAGCUCCUCCAAAUCAAAACACUAAAACCCUACAGCUGUUCUGAGUGUCAAAAGGCCUUUAAAAGAAGGUCAGAGCUGCAGCGGCACAUGCUUUUUCACACAGGAGAGAAACCUUUCAGCUGUUCAGUAUGUGAAAAGAGUUUUAGAUUUAAAUUUCAAAUCUACAAACAUCUAAGAUUUGUCCAUCACAUCUGUCCAGUUUGUGAAGAGGUUUUUACAAGAGAUACUGAACUGACUGAGCAUCUGAGGACACAUGUGGAGGACGGGACUCUGGACCAGUCAGUUCUACAAAGAGAAAAUCCAAAACUUUACAGCUGUUCUCACUGUGGGAAGGAGUUUAAAAGCAAUUCAUAUCUGCAAAUCCAUAUUAAACUUCACACAGGAAUCAGCCCGUUCAAAUGUUCAGUUUGUGAGAAGAGUUUUAUAAAUAAAAGUUAUCUUAAAAUACACAGGAGAAUUCACACAGGUGAGAAACCUUUCAGCUGUUCAAUAUGUGAGAAGACUUUUAAGCAGAAGAGUUAUCUGAAAUCACACCAGAGGAUUCAUACUGGAGAGACCCCUUAUAAGUGUUCUGUUUGUGACAAGACUUUUGUACAAAAAGGAUCUCUGAAACAUCACGAGGCAACUCACUCUGGAGAUAAACCUUUCAGCUGCUCAGUUUGUGACAAGACUUUUGCUCAAAAAGGUAAUCUUAAGUUUCACGAGAGGUCUCACUCAGGAGAGAAACCUUUUGUCUGUUCAGUUUGUGAGAAGGCGUUUGCACAAAAGGGAACUCUUAAAAUACACCAGAGGAUUCACUCGGGCGAGAGACCUUUCGUCUGUUCAGUUUGUGACAAAAGUUUUAACAGACGUGAUAAUCUAAAGUCUCAUCUGAAGACGCACGCAGCCGAGGGGACGGGAGUCUGCAGUAAAGCUGAGUCCUCUGGGUCUGGGGACGGUUCAAGGACUGAGCCGUAA